AGUUCCACUGGCGCCACGUGAUUAUUUAAGCUAUCCCACACUUGACAGGUCGUGUCCCCAUACUUUGAAGGCCACCUGUUGCUGAGACUGAUAGUCUUGUCGUGUGCCAUUGGUACAUAUUUCGGGGGAAUGUCUGCCCAUGUGAGUUUGAGGGAUAGCAGUUCAUCGGAGGAGGACAGCCGACCGGAGCUUGAGAGGACGAUGGAUGGCCUCAAAACUCAAGUGACAAGACACCAUCAUCCCUUCAGUGUGGAGGCUAUAAUGUCAAGUAGAAAGAUUCACAGUGAGUUUACAAGCAAACCCGACAAUGUCUCUGUGGUUACAUUUUCAAAGACGCAGAACUCUCCGUACCUGUGCAGAGAGAGCUACAGCCCUCCCGCGGGAAUCCGAAAGCACUUUAUCCCACUGUCGCCUGUAAAGUCAGAGUCCUCCGAGCCGGAUGAUUGCGCUCCCUGGGUUAUGAGCCCAAGAUUCUCUGCACAAACGCGGCAGGUAAGUCCUACCUGUCCGCUGCGGAAGCACAAGACCAACAGAAAGCCUCGUACUCCCUUCACCACCUCCCAGCUGCUGUCUCUGGAGCGUAAGUUCCGUCAGAAGCAGUACCUGUCUAUUGCUGAGCGGGCCGAGUUCUCCAGCUUUCUGACCUUGACUGAGACCCAGGUCAAGAUUUGGUUCCAGAACCGUCGGGCUAAGGCCAAGAGACUACAGGAGGCCGAGCUGGAGAAGCUCAAAAUGGCUGCCAAACCCGCGCUGCACCCGGGCUUUACGUUACCCAUGCCCCUGGGAGCACAGCUCCACACAGCCGUCUCCCUCUACGGACAGUCCUACCCCUACCACCGUCCCAUGCUGCCCCUCUCACCUAUGGGGUUGUACGCUACACCUCUGGGAUACAGCAUGUAUCAUCUAUCAGGAUGAUGGAAUAUACUUCUCUGCUCGCUGGACUAUUCUGUUCAUAUUAGUCUUUGACAUGUGGACAUAACUCUUUUUUUAAAUACUAUCUUUUUCUCCUUGCUAUGAAACAACACUGAAAUGUAGUUUUUUUUUUUACACCUGAAGAUACAGCGCCUCAAUCACGAAAGAGCCUUGAAGACUUAAAUUCAUUGUUUUCUGGUGUCUUGUUUUUCUUCUGCUGAUUUGGAUAUCAAGGCCAAAUUAACUAGUGGUUCUGUUUUACUUGAUGUAAUAUAUUCCAAUGCAAAUGUUUAUCCAAUUGCCUCUGAUAUUGACAACAUGUAGUUCAAUUACUUCCAUUCCACUUGUCAUCUAGCUAGCAUAGAAGAUUCAACUAAGGCCCAUAAUUCUGUUCGGUCCCGGGUGGAUCCAAACUUCAGGACUGUCUCAUUUUUACCUCUACUCGACGACAGACAAGUUUGAUUUCCGACUGCUUUCAUCCCAUACCGAAGUCUAAUAAAUUAGUUGUGGGAACUGUCUUUUUUUUUCAUAAACUCAACUAAUUCAAAUGUGUUGCUAUUUUUACGUUAGAUUUGACUGUAGCAACACAUUCUAUCCACCACUUCUGUUCUGUCAGGCAUUUGUAGUCUUCCAUUCAUUUGUGUAUACUUAUUUAUUUUGCUUUCACUCUAAACUUUUAAUGCUGGAAAUGAAUUGAUUGAGUGAUUCAUGUUUCGUAUUUAUAACAUGUAGCUCAAAUGUGGCAAAAGUUUAUACUUUUUAAUCUUUCAUUUAAAUGUUCCUUUGGAAGGAGCUAUACUAUGCAGCUUUAUAAAUACUUUUUAAUCUUUCAUCUAAAUGUUCCUUUGGAAGGAGCUACUCUAUGCAGUUUUAUAAAUACCUUUAAAUGUGGUUAUGUAUGUCAUUCACAAGAAUCCAAUUAAAAACGUUUAAAACAUA